UUCCGCUGCGUUCUGCAUCAGAAAAGAAAAAUAAUCGCUGAAGCAGGCACCACGCAAAAAUUUGCUCGCCAGGAGAAAGCAAUUUUCACUGCCUCCAAAAACCAUUUUCCGAUGCUUUUGGUGCGUCCAAAAUUGUUCGAAAACAUCCGCAACGGUGUCGGGAAACCGGAUCCGAUCGAGUACGGCCCGGAAACCGUGGUUAAAAGUGCGAAAUAGGUGCGUGUGUGAUUUUUUUUCCAUCGGGAGCUAACUCUGCUGCUGCACCCCAGCAGGAAGAGAAAGAUGGCGUCCGCUACUGCUGCGAAUUUGCUGCACCUCGAAAAACAGCAGAAGCAGCGCCAAUGGGAACGGCGGAACGUUGCUGCCGGGGUGAUGGUGGCUUGAUUUGGGUGUAGUUUUGCGGGCGCGGACGCAGCAUCAGGACACGAGAGAAGCGCGAGUGAGUGGACGAAAGAUCGAAAUUGUGUGAAGAAAGUCGAAUUUUGCGUGUUGUACAAUACAGUGCGAUCGGAAUAAAGCUGGAAUCGUUUGAACAGUGAAACCGAAACUUGAAACGAUUGCGCAAAGUUUGUUUUUGUUGACAGUCGUAAAGGAGGAAGAGAAAAGGUGAACGCCACCGGUCGUCGCGAAGUGAUCUGGGUUAGAAUUUGCGAAGCGCUAGACGGAGAAGCGGGUGAACGGACAUGUCCAGUUCGGUUUUCAAGGUUUAUCCGUCGUCCCCCACGUCGUCGUCGGUUCAGGAAGAGGACGAUAAUCUGAACGCGGAUGGAGCAACGUCGUCUGGGAAUGAUGGGACAGCCGGCGCGGGAGCGUUGGAUCCGGCGUCAGUCGACGAGCACCUCAAAAUCGAUUCCAACCUGGUCAUCGUGGUGGGAAAGGAUGGAAGCGUGCAUGUGGAUCAAAAAACAUUACACAGUUUGCUCGCCAAUGAAACAAACGACACUUCAGUGAGUGUGGUCAGAAUAACAUCGCCCACGCCCAGUAUCGAGGAGGAAAUAGAGGAAGAGCGUCGAUUAUUGCAAGAGCAGAAACUUCAGCAGGAACUUGAAUCCGGCACAGGAUCCAGCGAUAGCGGUUCACUUGAUUCGCCAGAGUCAUCUAAUGCAGCACCUUCCUCGUCUGCUGCAAGUACUAAAAAUGAAUCCACGACAACGGCGGCGGCAUCGGCAGGCCCAAGUGGAGUGAGUACCCGAAGAAGCAAUAAAUCUUCGGCAGCGCAGAAAGAGGCCGUUAUGCUAGAUGAUGAAGAAACGCCGCACGUUAGUAUGAUGGUCGAGGGAUUCUAUCCUCCCAGUGAAGCUAAGAAAUUUGCCGAAGAAGUACUCACUUUGGCUGGACUGCGUAAGCCAUUGCAUGUGGAAACUCGAAUCGACUAUGAAUUUCAUCGGUACGUUGUGGCAAACGAUCACUGUUAUACUCCACUGACAUCGCCUAGUCAAAAAUUGCCACCCCGUCCGUACUAUGAAGAUUUGGACUCACCCAUCGAGAUUCGAGCCAGCGACGAUACUUUGUCUACUGAUGUCCAACAGGUUCAGCCUGCAGCGGAAGUAAUCAGUGGAACCAGCAGAAAGAGACCUACCCCAAGCAAGGCCAUAGCUUCAUCGUCAACUACCAGCGGAACACGGCGACGAAAAUCGUUCAGUAAGGGAGAGAUCAGUAACGCUGAAGACCUUCAAAGUAUUCUGGAAGAUUCGGACUCGGAUUAUUCUGCGGAAAGUUCAUUCCCAGAGGAAGACGACAAUGAUAGCGAUCUUGACUUCAGUAUAACCGGAAGGACACCGAAGAAACGUAAAUCCGUUUCGCACAGUAAACAUCCGAAGAGUGCUUCUAAGAAAGAUGAUUCGUUAGAUCCAGGGAAAAAGAAGACCGUUAAAUCUCCCAAGAAAUUUGAACCGAAAACUCCAACUUCUAUGCUGAACAAGACAGGAGUUCCGAGAACCUACGGCUCAAAACGUAACUUACAGCAACAUUUGUCUGCACCGGCACCUCCGGUAUCUACAAAUGUGAUUCCAGCAGUAGUUUCUGCCCCUGUUCAUCCAACUACGAUUACGAUCAUCAAGAAGGAUCAUAAGAAACCCGUGGUCAAACCUACUCAUCACUCUCAGAAGCUGAUCAGUGAUAUGACGUCGCUGUUCUCUACUCCAGACAUCAUCAAAAAGGUCGGUCCUGCUGGGGCAGGUCGUCCUGCUUUGCAUGCUAUGACUGCCACAACAACACCAGUGGUAACACCCAGCACUUCAAACACGAUCCGAGUGGUAACGCCCAACACUCCAGAUUUACGAAUAGUUACGCCCCAUACUUCAAAUACGGUCAGGCUGUUAACAUCCACUACUACAAACACUAUUCGAGGCUUCGUGCAGCUUUCACCGGCAACAAUCCGAGGAGCGCAGAAGCUGCCGGCUCACAUUUCGAUUCAGACCCACACCAGCGCUUCCGAAGAACACGACAAACGACUAGAUCUCAUUGAUUCGAUUGUUCAGCAAGAACUGAACCAUCCGGAUCCAAAGCUUCCACCACUACAACAGCAACAACCUGCUCAGCCCACCAUGACGGAGGAUAUUGUUAAAAUGUUGGAAAAUAACCUCCCUCCUGGUGGUGUUCAGGAGUCCGUUCUCCCUAUUACAGACAACAGUAUUUUGGCGGCGCUCGGCUCCAACGACGAUGGUCUUCCGGAAGAUCUCCUACAACACGUUGCCGAGCUUGCUGAACAUAAAGAACUUCAAGAAAUUUUAGACAAACAAGUCCUAGGUGUCAUAGGAUCCGAUCCACCAAUUACCACUCCCGCUGCUCCUCCUCUACCUGUACCGUCAACGUCAGCGAUGAUUCCAAUCCCAGUUUCCCAGCAAACGCCCAUCCCAACUUCUACUCCAAGUAAUCCAUCCACGUUGAAUCCAGAAUCAUUACCGACAAUGACCGUCAAGGAACAGCUCAUGCCACGGAAAGAAGCCAUCCAAAUCCGCCGGAGUGAUGGUCGCGUCAUCACUUUACCACCCAUUGAAGCCCCUGCAACACGAUCGGCGAAACGUCGCGCUCAAGCUGGAACCAGCUCCAGUGCUUCAGCCACUUCGUUAUCAAGUGCUUCGCACACAACUGUGGCACCCUCCGCUGGCAGUUCCGCUCAAUCGCCUGCCUCUCAUCAUGCCGCUUCCAAAUCGUCAAAACAAUCGACCAAGGCAUCUGCCUCCGCCGCCGCCGCCGCCGGAAUCACAUCCUACGACGACGGGUCCGGCAGUUUGAUGAUUGACGAGUCCCGUGUCAAGGGCGGCAGCCGAAGUGGCACCUCCAGCCGCAGGACUUCGGAAUCAUCGUCCACGUCGGGACGCGGCAAGCGGCAAAGUACGGUGGCCGUUGCUGCGGCUGUGGCUGCCGCCGCCGCCGAAGACGAUGCCGAAUCGGACUCGAGCUGGAACUCGGAAGACGAUCCGGACAGACUGUGGUGCAUUUGUAAGCAGCCGCAUAACAACCGCUUCAUGAUCUGCUGCGACACUUGCGAGGAAUGGUUCCACGGCAAAUGCGUCAACAUCACCAAAGCCAUGGGUCAGCAGAUGGAGGAGGAUGGCGUCGAAUGGAGCUGCCCGAACUGCUCCAAGAAGAAGCAAGAGAAACAGCAACCAAAGAUGACCGAGUUUCUUAUAUCGAGCAGUAGUACCACAAGCAUCAGUGCAGUGAUAGCAUCGGCAACAGGACCAACUCCACCGAAGGUAGUUGCUGUGUCCAUGUCCGGGUGCGUAGUAUGUGGCAACGUUUCGCGGGUGAGCUCCGUUUACUGUAGCGAUGAGUGCAUCCGGAAACAUGCCGGAAUGGCAAACAGUUCAGUGGCCACGACAACGCCUCUCUCGUCUACUGCCGCCUCGUCGUCAUCGUCUCCGCCUGCGUACGGCAGUAGCGGUUUAACAACGUCCAAAGAAAAACAAAAGGAUCGAUCAGUUGUGGAUGUUACGCAGAAGCAAGAUCCGCCGACUGUCGCAAAACCUGGACCGCUGAUCGUAAUGGAGCGGAAAACGGGUCGUUGUCUCUUCGGCAAGAACGCCCCAUCGGCAGAGAAUCUCAAAGAGUGGCUUUUGAGAAAUCCAACGUUCGAAGUCGUCGCGCCAGGAAGCCCACAAGCUGCCAUAAUUCUUGCCAAACAAGCCGAAGUACGCAAACAACAGGCAGUAAAAGAAGCGCAGAAAAAAGCCGCCGCACAUUCCCCGGGAUCCGCUGGGCAUAGCUCGUCCGGCAAAGUGCAGUCGCAGCUGAAGAUAACGGACCAGAAGAAACUAACCAUCAGUUCUCCCACGAGUCAGCAAAGACAGAAAGAGAUGCAACAUACAACGAAACCACCGGUGAAAACGUUCUCCAGAGUUGUUGCUGGUACUCCCGCUUCGAAGGCUUCUCAAGUGGCUUCCUCUAGUAAGCCGGCGACUUCCACUCCGAAAACUUCGGCAAGCAGUACGCCUAAUUCUUCGAGCGGUAGCGAACAUGGUGGAAAGCAUCAACGGAAAACUUCCGAGACAAGAACGCAAACAGCCAAACAUCCGGCAGCCCCAGCUGGGGAAAACAUUCGGGAUGUCGCGAAGAAAACUCUGAAGGAGCAUCUCGUCCAGAGGUCGUCGGAAAUAUCCGACAAGAACGUCGUGCGACUUACCGAGCAGGAGAUUGAAAAAUUCGUCGAAGAAGUCGAGGAGGAGCUGUUCGCCCUCUUCAACAAGGAUACCGGUGCGAAGUACCGGGCCAAGUAUCGGUCGCUGGUGUUCAACAUCAAAGACCGGAAAAACCUUUCGCUGUUCCAGAAGAUUAGCGAGAAGCGAAUCGGAGCGAAGCAAUUGGUACGCAUGACUGGAGAAGAACUGGCUAGUCAGGAACUGGCCCAAUGGCGGGAAAACGAGAACAAACAUCAACUAGAGAUGAUCAAAAAAUCGGAACUGGAUUUGCUGGCAUGUGCAAAGAACUACGUCCUUAAAACCCACAAGGGCGAAGAAGUUAUCGAAGGGAAACGUAAUGAUCGAUUGCAGCUCGAUCCUAGCACAGCCGUCGAAGAUGUUGUGGCAGUGUUGAACAAUUCCACUGUUAGUAGUACCAGUGAGGUGGACAGUACACUUUCGCCAUCAGUGGACAACUACCGCAAGGAUUACGACUUCCACGGAAAGUAUUCCAGUGGGAUGUACGGCAGUGGUUCCAUAACUAGUUCGACUGUGUCCGGUUCGAACCCUGUUGCCACCGGCAGUGGUACAGGAACACCUGCUUCUUCGGCCAAGAAGAAGGAAUCCAGACGUAGUCGUAGCAGGAGCAGAAGUCGCGGUCGAAGUAAGGAUCGAUCAAGAAGCCGGUCAAAGCACAAACGACGUCGCAGCAAGAGUCACGACCGGAGGAGUAGAUCCCGCGAACGGGACCGAGAUCGAGAUCGUGAUCGUGAUCGACACCAUCGUGAUCAUAGGUCCGACCACCACAAAUCGGAUCAUAAAUCCGAACACAAGUCGGCGCAUCAUAAAUCCGAUCACCAUCACCACAAAAAGCAUGACUCGAGAGAUUCUAGAGAGAAAUCCGUUAGCGAGAAGUCGAAGGAGGAAGCUUCUUCUAGCAUUUCCUCGGAAAAGGUCAAGAGUGAAGCUAUUGGGAAAUCCAUGGAUGUCAGUAAACACCCCAAGAAAGCGGAUAGCAAACCACAAGCACUGGAGAGUUUCAAUUUGAUCGAUCAAAUUUUGUCUUCUGCUGGUGGAAGCAGUUCUGGCAAAACGGGUGAAGUGUCUUCUGACAAAAGUGACAAACCUGAUCCCGAGAUCUCAACUUCUGCACCACCUGAGCAGGACCAAGAACCCACCAGUACGGUUACGAUUCCAACGCCCCCACAUUCCACCAGUUUUGACAACGAAUCCCCGGUCAGCGACUUCCCCUCGUCCGACACGGAUGAGAAUGUGAAAAAGGCACAGUUCGUCCAUUGGACCGGUAAUGUGCACCUGAUCGAUGUGGCCACGAUAGAAAUGUCCAUUCGCUCGGUAAGCGGAGAUGUGGAAGAUGUGGCAAGUAAAUUCCCGGAAGAUAUGGAAGUUUGCGGUACGAUAAAGCCGGAGAUUGUCUGGAACUACAUCGGACAGAUUAAGAGGCAAAGUAAUAAGGAAAUCACCCUGGUUAGAUUCGAAUCGAGCGAAACCGCUGCCUAUGAAGAACUCUACUCGCGGUUUUACAAACGAGAGAGGUUCGGCGUGAUAAAGCCAUUUACUUCGGCCAUCAAGGACUUCUACCUUUACCCGCUGCCGGCGGAUAAGAUGAUCCACAUGAUUUUGAAACCGCUGCGAGGGGUUGGCAUUAUAGAAGGCGAUAAGAAGCCAGAUCUUUUGCUAGGAAUCAUAGUGAAAAUUAAAGCAACAGGCGGCAGCAGCAGCAAUACGUCAUUGUCUUCCGGUGGAUCCAACCUUACACCUCGUCGACAAGCGAAGGCACCACCGAAAUCCAGUGGCAGUUCCUCGGCAGUCUCCCCGUCAUUUGCCCUGAUGCAGCAGGUCAUAACCAAGUAUGCUACAGUGAACAAGAAAGUGUUGACCCCCGAAUCCGAAACGGCAGCCAGCACACCUUCCGGAAGUCCAGGUUCACCGGCAGCAUCUACUUCCUCUGCGUCCGUCGUUGCAGCUCCGGUUGCGAAGAAGCCCGAACAAAAACUUUCACGAACUUUGUCGGAAUCUUCCGAUCAUGGGGAAGUCGACAUGAACAUCAUAAAGGCGCCAGUUGUAGCCAAAGCGACCAUAGCGAAGGAACCCAUCGCAGCGGUAGUGAUCGAUGACGAUGAUGAUGAUGAGCCAUAUUCCCCCGGUGGUGUCAGUGACGAUAGUGAUCACUUCGCCGAUGUUACCGCGAUUGUCGAAACGAAGGCCACUGGUAACACCCCUCUGGAUAGUGAAUCGGAACGCAUCCGGCGGGAAAUGGAGGAAAUCAAUCGGAAAAUUGCGGAGGAAAAGAAUGAGAUUGUAGGAAUUAUUAGCAAGGCAGAACUGAAAGAAGACGAAAUUAAGUCCACGUUGGAUCCUUCGCUAAUUACGGAUAUUUCUAUUCCGUCGAACUUGUCAGAAAUUUUGGCCAGUAUAAAAAGUACACCGUCAGACCCAAAGGUUGGUGGCUCUACUAAGGAACCGAUUAAGAACGUCCCGUCGGCCGAAGACGACGAAGAUGAAUACGUACCAACGGCAGUUUAUUCCGGUUACAAAUCUGGGUAUGGUUAUGGCAGUAGCAAUACGCCAACUGAAACUAAAAGUGGAACCAGCAGAUUAGCUAACUUGACAGAAGAGGAACUGCUUCGUAUGGUUCCGGACGAUAGCUACCUGCCCCCAACUUCCACCGGUAAAAGCACCGCCACUUCCAUUGUAGACCUGGACAGUGACGAUUCGGCCACACCAUCGAAGAAGGCCAAGUGGAAUUCUAGUGAACCCCCGCCUCCCGGGAUGGAAGGUGACAUGGAUGUAGAAUAAUUUCGGCAAAAAAUAUGAUAAAAUUGCCGUUUUGAAACUGACAGAGAAGGAAAGCGUAAAAAUAUAUUUGUGACCAAUCUAUUUGAUGAAGAUUACUUUGAAAACAACUUGCUCUUUAAAUCGCUUUCAUGUUCAUAGUAUGUGCAAACGCUAAACGUAAAUGGUAAUUAUUGCUCUAAUCUACUCUUAUGUUAGAAGUAGUGACACUUGGAAAUUAUUAAAUUAUUUAAUAAUGAGUCAACCACAUAUUAUGAAUUAUAAACCCACGAUGUCGAAUAAGCAAGCAUAACAUAAUCGUAGGAUUGACUGUAGUUUUACAAUUCAACCCUUAGAUUUAUCAAUUAGACUUUGUUAUCACCAUUGUUGACUGUGACCGGAGGACAUGUUCUUAUGUUGCUUCUUGUAGAUUUGCAAUCUUUGCUUAUAAUUUGUAACUUUUAAUUAUAAUUCACGACCUGCUUUUGUUUGUAGUUUGCUUUGCCUCUCGAAAAAAGAACCUUCGGAAAGAAUUUGGCUUUAAUGUAAUAUUUAUAUUUGAAUUAAAAAAAAAAAUACAUUCAUCUAAAUGCUAAAAUUGAUAUUGUAUAGGGAGACGUGUUUAAUAUAUGUGUAACAUAGAAAAUAAUAAUCGUAAGAGCAUUUACUUAGGAUAAAACUAAGAGGCAGAGAAUCACAAACCUUUUCGGCGCGAAAUUCCACUGUAGACGACUUUAUUACAAGUCGUGAUUUUGGAACACAAAUGUAAAUCUAAAAUAACAGAAAUGUACAAAAAUAGGCUCAUUUCGAGCGAAAGUAUCGUUAAUUUAUGGUAUGUUCUAUGUACAUGUUUAAUUAAAAAAUAUAUGUAAUGAAUUAAUGGAAUUAUGGAGAAUAAAAUAAAUUGCUUCAACCAUUCAAA